UGCUUCAUGAAAUGCUCUUAGCUUUAUCUGGUCUUUCUGGUGACUUGUUUGUUCCAUAUCCUCCAGAACCAGAAAUAGCGACAACUUUUAAAAUUCCACCAGAUUUUCCAUUUUUACACGAAGCAGAAAAAAGUUCUUUAGAACGACUCUCUGCUUUAGGCUUUUAUUAUCGAAAAAUAGCCAACUUUCUUGAUAAACAACGUGGUAGAAACGAAAAUAAUAAUAACUCUGAAUCUAUCGAGGCUCAAAAGGGUAGCAAUAAUACUUUACGUGGUUCAUUCUUACACGCGCUAUGUAACGCCAUAAAUGAAGUACUGGCAGACUUUCAUAAAUCAAUUAUCGAAUCCGAGAUAAGAAUUCUAAGCAAAGAAGAUAAUAUGGGCGGAGUAGUUCCCAUUUCACAAUUAGUUUCUGCUUUUAAUGAGUAUUAUAUCAUUCUUCCACAUCUUAACCAAUUGAUAAAUGAUAUAGAACAAAAUUCUGUAAAAUAUUUCGGUUGUCGAAUAAUUAAUUUGGUCAUUGACAAAUGUAAUACAGGUGUACCUGAAUUACGAGAAAUUAUGUUGAAACUAUUGCAUGCAUGUCAUGAAGUGAUGUAUAAACAUAUCGCUUCAUGGUUGGUUUAUGGACAAUUGGUGGAUCCCUUUGGAGAAUUUUUCAUUAAAGAUAAAACCUUAAAAUUAAAUCCAAUUCAAAUACAAGAACAGUUUAGCCGAUCAAAAUGGCAUCGACGUUUUAUUCUCGAUGAAUCGUUUAUUCCAAAUCAUAUUCCUAACGAUGUUGCCAAAUCAAUUUUAUUUGUUGGGAAAGCAAUUGCUACUGUCAGAAAUUCAGCCAAGCCAUAUGACAAACAUAGCAAGUUUCCCGAUCAAAUUGCUUCAUUACAUUUGCAAUAUUUAUUGGAACUCUCAUCAAGACCGGUAUUUAAUCAGAUCGAGCUUGAAAACAUUGUUAAUAUUAUUCGUGACAAUGUUGCUCAGUGGUUAUGGCAAGUUGUUUUGACAGGUGAUAAAGUUGUCGAAUGUCUUGAAACCUUUAAAAAUUAUUUCUUACUUGGGCAAGGCGAUUUUACAACUUCACUUGUUGAACAAUUUGAAAAGUUGCCUACUUCAAGACUUUCAUCUACUAGGGCUCCGUUAAUUAAAGAACAAGAAAUGAAUUCUUUGUUAGUUCGAGCUUCUGUUGGUACAUUAGCAGAGAAAGACUUGGCAUUUGAAAAAUUUAGAUUUAAAAUUUCAGAAAAGGCAACAAGCAUGUUUGAUGAUAUUCUUGUAGGCGUUCCACUCAGAUUUGAAUAUGAUAUAGGCUGGCCUCUUGAUUUAUUUGUUACUUCUGAAGAUCUAUCCAAAUAUGGGGACAUAUUUUCAUUCUUAAUUUCUCUUCGUCGUACUCAUUAUAAACUUCAAAAAGUCUGGACUCAUCUUGCGACUAAUGUAAAGAUGGAAAGAAAUUACAAAUUUUCUAAAGGAGGUAAUAAUAUCAUGCUAAUGCCUUGGAAUGUUCGUGCAUCCAUGAUGUUUUUCGUGGAUUGUUUAUGGGCUCACGUGCAGAUGGAUAUUAUUGAAUCAAAUUUUCAAAAUCUUGUUCGUCGAAUUACCGUUUCUUCUGCACAUCAUCAAAAACAAAGACCGUCAUCAACUACUGAACCAAGUUCUCCCAUAUCGCCUACACGUCCAAAAUCAAUGAAUCCUAAGAAAGAUACUCAUAGUAACGAGUCAGAGAGAUUACGUGAUUUUGAGGACAUCAGAUUAGGUCACACUUCAUAUCUUGAUGAACUGUUACGUGGAUGUUUACUUGAAUCUCGUGUAUGUACAGAAACAAUUAGAAUGGCUUUGAAGAUAAUUGACAAAUUUUGCGUAUUAUUGGAAAGAUGGGAUGGACAAAGGGAUUUUAUGGAAAGAUUAGAACAAAUUGCUAAACAUAACACGGAAUUUCGUGAACAAGUAAUGUUUUUGUUUCGAACGCUUUCGGGAGUAAAUAAGACAGGUGGAGAUUUUGGUGGGCCGCCAAGACAUUUGGAUCAAUUAUUAUUACGUUUGGAUUAUAGCAAAUGGUUUUCCGUUUGGUCGAGUUAAAAGACUUUAGGCAAGCUUAAAUAGAAUAACGAAAUUUGACAAAAACCAGUUUACAGCAAGGAAAUGAAAUUUUUUUGCACAUUAUCUAUCUAUAAGUAAAAAAUAUUCAAAUUCGUAUUUCCGGUAAUCUUUAUGAAUUCCGGUCGUGACGCAGCAUAGUGAGGAAAUAUCGGUCAUAAAUUGACUAAAUUGUAUGUAUAAUUCUUAAUAAAUCUAUCAUAGUUGAUGAUAGUAUUGAUAGUAUUGAACUAUUAAAAUCAGUGAUCUCAUGUGAUAGAGGCAUCUAUUUCUUAAUUAAAAAAUUAUGAAUGGCUAAAUCAAAAUAAUAUGAGUCACACUACUAGACAAAU